AUGAGCUCAAGUGUGAUGGGAGGGACAGAACAGGUGGGGCGCAGGAGCAUAUCCUCCUUUGGGGUCCUCGAGGCGAGCCCGUCGCAGGGUGAUGACUCAGAGGCAGCGGCAGCUCGCAGCAGGAUGAGUGUGAGUAAAGGUGCUGUAGUGAGCGGAAUCUCUUCCUGGGUCUGUUCCUCCAGCUCUCAGCUCUCAGACAUCAUCAGCACCCUGACAGAAUCAGACGAACAGCCUGCUGCACAGUGUGAGCCGGUCUGUCUGGAGCGCGCUGAGGAAGGCUCACCGUGUGUCAUCACGCUGCUAUGUAACCCAAACUCUGGGGCCGUAAUCAGCCGUGUUGUUAUUGUCAGUGAGGCGCGCACUAUAGAGGUGUAUUCUCUCUCUGGAGAUUACUGUGGCACCUGCCGAGGGGACGAGGACCAGAGAUGGCAGAGCGGCAGUAGCGCUGAGGAGAGGAAACCCUUCUACAGGUGUCAGCUGGUGCUGGAAAGCCCACUAGCUUCAUGUGAGGUGAAGCUGCUCUCUCUUGGUGGGCGCUCGGCGGUGGGCGUGGCCCAGGUGACUGUUGGACUGCAAUUCCUCCAGGCCACUCAUUGCCCCCUGAGCGCAAGCCCAGGCAUCGACCUUCAGCGUGUCCAAGCCAUGAUGGAGCAGAUGGGGACAACCCUCUCUCCAGGAGCGCAGAACCUGAUGGAAAUGGUGCAGUUUCAGCAGAAGAAUAAAGCAGAUGUCCUUGGUGGUUUCCUGCCUCUGCUGAUGGGUGGAGGUGCGCUGGCCUGCCUGGCUAAAAGCUCGCCGUUCUCUCCAGACUCCGCAGCCAUGGGAGAAUUAGGCUCUGACGGCUCAGCUGCACCUGCCGGCCAGAACCCGGAGUCAGAAACUCAUCAUCCUCCAUCUCCCAGCAACCAGAGCAGCGUUCCAGACGCAGUGUCAGCCCUGCUAGCUGCUCACGCCGGCCAGCAGAGCCCAGUUAGCCCUGACCUGCUUCCUGUGUUGCAGAGCGUAUGUGGUCAAGUCACUCAGCUCCGUCUGGACGCGGUAAACUCUCCAGAGAAGAGGAGGAACGGAGAGCGGGACGACCACAUGUGCUGUGGAGGUCUAGAGAAGGCUCUGGAGAGGGUCGUGGAGAAGCGAAUGGAGGAGCUGGAGAAGAGGCUGAAGGAGCACAUGGACCUGCGUCUGGACGCCCUUCAGAGGAAACUGGAGCUCACACUCCAGCAGGCCCUCACGCACCUGCCCAACCCUCAAUAACCUACAGCGCUCUUAGCCAGGAACAGCCACCAGCUAAUAUUGAGUUUGCAGAUGCUUCAGUGGAAGGCUGCUUUCAGAGGAAAGUCUUACUAGUUUGGCAGAGCAAACUGUUGCUAACCUUUACAGUUUGGCCACAAGUAACGUCACUAACUUCUGUGGUUCGCCGUAAACAAGCGUUUUUAACAGGAGAACUUUUGCGGUUUCACCACAGGAACCUGUGGACCUUCACGGUUUGAAUUACCUUAUCCUAAAACUUACUGACAAGGAGAAGGAUGUUUCUAACAAUGUUGGCUCAUGAUGGAGACUCGCUAAUCUACGCUAAGAAUCACUGAUACUUUACUGUUUAUUGAACUGACUGGAGCCAAACAUUCACUUACUCCAGCAAGCAGCUGGCAAAGAGUGAUGGACACCUGUAACUGUGGACUGACUGUUCUUACAACUGUUUGUUUUUCUUACACGACUCAGACAUUACCGUCUAAUGCUGCUAUGAAAAUGUUUGUAAUAUCCUGUCCACUACUCAGCGAGCUACUUUUCAAUGUUUGGUUUAAAAUUUUAGAGGUUUUGGGAAAAGCCUGGUUUUAUGCACAAGACCACUGCACUAAUAAUGUUGAUUUCCAGAAUCUUCACCAGGCUUUUUGAGAGGGAAUUCCAAGAUUUCUGCAUAAUGAAGUGGGUAAGAUGUAAACAGAGUCAGUCAGAGUGGUUUGGUGUGAAACGCUCCGUUCUAGAGAACCAUAGUCUGAAUUGUACUCAGUGGUGGUGAUAGGAACCAGACGUCCACCUCUAAAAGCUCCCUCACAGAAAGUUACUACAUGAAAUGGUUAUGAAUGCAUUGUCUGAUUUCUGAGACACUGCUGAUGAUAGCUUCAAGAAGAUUUUGGUCUAGAACAUUUUUAAGCCAUUCAUGGCGGAUAGGUACAUGCAGGUUGUUGUGAGGCAAAAUAGUCCCUAAAAAUACCCCCCCUGCCUCUUUUUUUCCAGAUUUGCCACUUUUUUAUCAUCUCAAUAUCUAGACAUGUGUAGAUUCACUGGUGGUAGUAAAUAAAAUGGCUAUGUUUAUGUUGUAGACAUGGCAACUGACCACUAAAAGCUACAUCACAUGAAGUUAUUACAUGAAAUGGUUCUGAAUAUAUUGUGUUGGGUUAUGAAUGCGGUGUUGUAUGAGAAAAUAGUCACCAAAGAAAAACACAUUUUUUCAGAUUUACCACUUUCACCAUUCUAAACAUUUAAUAGAAACUCAGAACGCAUGUGUAGGGUCACUGGUGCUUUUGGAUAGUGAAUAAAAUGGCUGUAUUUGCUUCGUAGCCAUUGCAACCCCUGGUUCCUCUCACUAGGGUCCUCUAGAACGGACCCUUUCAGAUCAAAUCACUCUGAAUGACUUUGUUUACAUCUCCACCACUGAAUUAUGCAGAAAAUCCCUCUUUAAAGUCAAACAGAUCUGACUCAACUCAUCGAUUAAAUGUCAAGUUGAGCACAAAAUGGAAGUCAAUAGUGUUGCAGCUUUGUAGGAUCAGAAUUUGAAAGGUCUGUCUCACCUUCACCUUAGACAGGGUUGCUGAGUUACAGCUCAGCCUCUGUUAACCCAGAUUUAGAUACUCUAUGAUUAAUCUUCAUGCAUGUACACGAAAGCAUGACGCUUAUGGCGAACAGCCAAUCGUGUGAACCAUGAGGAGUUGAACGGCUUAUUUUUCAAAGAAAGAAGAAAUAAUAGUACAUAAAUACGUAGAAAGUGAAAGUGAGACAGACGCCUAGUUAAAGUGUAAAGUUGUUUUUAUUGUCAUUCUUGUUAUUUGAUGUGUUUCUUUACUCAUGUUCUCAAAUGGUUUACAUUAAACAACUAAGGACAAAAAA